AUGGGAAAAGAAAAUAAGUAUAAAAUUGUAAGGUUGGUCAGCACAAUAUGUAAACUGAAAAUGUGCGUCCUAUGACACGGUCAAUCUUGAACCCUAACAGGGGUUACCAUGGUUUCAGUUUGUAAACAAACUUGUAUUCAAUGCUAGCCAGUUGGAUGGAGGGUGGCACUUGCAAUUUGCAGCUGCACCGCACACGGAUCAGUCGACCAUGAAAAAUCGUUUGCCAUAUCGUGCUAGCUCAUGUCGAUUGCCACUUCCCACCCCUUCAAGAAAGGUAGGUUACCUAAAUGUUACGUUUACCAUAAUGUUCCUCAAUUUAUUUUGGAUUUCAUUGCUUCCGUUAUCCUCGCGUAUGCACUUGGCGCACAAAUGUAAGUGAACGUUGAAGGCUUUAACACGUGCUUUCAUGCGGUGCGGCACAUCACCAUGGACGAUGAUGCGGCAAAUGCAUUCAAGGAACUGUACGAAGAAAUUGAUAAGCUGCUGUAUCAACCGGAUGGCGUGCCAAUUGUAAAAAAAUUAGAAGCAGUAAAAAGUGACUCCGAAAAUAGUGCACUCGUGUUGAAGGACGAGGAUAUCGAUGAAUUGAUUGAAUAUUCCAAAAAAUUCGUUGAAAAAACGAAAAAUGAGAUAGGGUUUCCGAAGUCGAAACAGUCACAAGAGCAUGGUGUACAAUGUGCGAGAAGUGAAAGGAAGAGCAAUAAAAAGCUGAAUACACCGCCCAAGUGGAUCAAUGGCGGUAAAGAUAAGGAAUCAGCUGGAACCAAUUGUGCUACAGCCAUUCGAAUCAUCAAGAGAAUUCCCAAGCCACAAAUCAAGAGCCCAGGCAGUAAUAAAUCACCAGAGAAAAAUCAACUGAACAAUCAACGCCCAUCUAGUGGAUUGAAGAAAGUUAGGAAUGUUGGAGUAAAUGUCAAUUUCAUAAGCAAAAGUGUCGCCAAACACUCUAAUAACCUUGCAUUGGCAACGGGUUCAGUUGCAUCCGGCACUUCACCGAUUAUUAAGAAACCUACAACUCCGCAAUCGUCUGGAAAAAUCUACAGGUUUUACUGUAGCAAGCUCAGCCCUUCCCAGCUAUGGGAACAACAGCAUCCAGAAUUAUCAUAUGAAAGCUCUGAGAGAAGCAUCUUUCCCAGAAGGAUAAAGAAGAAUGACCUAAUGGCGAAGCAAAAGGAGCAACAGAAAGUUGAUCAACCAAAAGAGUUAAAAGUUGUACACUUGACAGAGGGACUUGUUCAUUGUGCUAUCAACGAAGACAAGGAAGUGACGAAAACCAACGAGGAACCCGAAAAGGUACAGGACGAAAAAUCUUCUCCGGCUACGCCAGCGAUUACGAAACAUGUGAUACCUGUGAUAAGCAUUAAAGGCGAUUGGAAAGCUUGUCUACAGGUUCAAGAGACGUGCCGAAUCAACAUUUUGGAUGAGAAACGUUGUGAAAAUGCGCAGAAUCGUCCCAGCAACUUGAUGUACGUUGAAAUAAAACAUGGUGGAAUGAAUCCGGUUUCAGAAACCCGAAGUCCUGUGGAUGAUCAAAACAUUGAAGCAAGACCUGCUGAUGCUGCGAAAACUGUUCGCAAGGAAAGUUCUGAAGUAGUAAUCGACCAGAAAUGUGUUGAUAAGUCAUCUAAUAGCCCAAAAACGAAUCGUUAUCUUCAACCGUUUAUCGAUGUACGCAAAGCACGUACCCCAUCAAAUCAACAACUCUUCGUUGAUCUAUCAGAUUCAAACUCGGAUGACAGCGCUGAGGAAUUAAUACUUGAAGCAGAUUCCAGUGACAGCGAUUCGGCAGACAACUUACAGAACAUACUGAAUCUCAAAUCUACAGCAAAGGCCACUAAGAAAACCAAGAUUAUUGGAAAUAUUAGCAGUGUAUCCUACAAGAAUGAAUCACCCAUAGUUCCAAAUGAAGCCACAUCCAAAGUAUCUGUUCAACUGCAAGUACCAUCACCUCCCUGUCGGCUUCUAAGCCCUCCAAAGACUCCCGCGAAAUCACCGCCUGCAGAUGAUUCUAUCGAGCCUUGUCCGGAUGCUUCAAGUUCGUCCAAAUUUUUGGAAAACCUCCGUAUUUGGAAAUCCGCCAUUCAAGUGCAGUCGGAAAAUAUGAAGCUAGGAAACCAGUUGACGGAAAAUUUGGACACUUUGAAGCAAAACAUGGAGGUGAUUGCUGGAGAAACACGAAACAUUACGCAAAUCACUCGAAACUGCGAGCAGAACCUAAAGCAAAUUGAGGGGUUGAAGGAUCGUUACGCUAGAAACUUGGACGGAUCAACAAUUGGAUCGUUUCGUCAGGAAAAUCAGUUCACUGGGGUCACCAACCAUGAAGCCACCACUACUUGCAGCUGCUUCGGAUGUCGUCCACAGCUAGACACCGCUGAUCCCGAACCAAGCUUCGAUCAAAAGGCUUUUCAACGAGCAGUCCUAGAGCAAAAUCCCAGGUAUUCCAAAACGAUUCAGAAAAUCUGUGAGGACGGUCGCAAUCGCAGCUUCAGGAAAUCUCUUACUCCACCGCGGGACGUUGCAGAACGAGCUGCUCAAAAAUUUUUGGAAUCGUAUAGUCGUUCGGUUAGCAGGAUCAGCCAUCGCGGAGGAGUUCCUCUGGAUGAAAGUUCCAUAAGGUCACAUUCGCCCGGAUCAGUUCGUUCGUGGAGUGAGUCAUGUCGUUCAAGAAUUUCCAGCGGAACUGAUGGUGACGUGAGCCUGAGCUCAAGCUGGAUGGUUGGUGGUAUUGUUCGUCAUAGGGGAGAAUAUUCCGAUUCUGUGUCAGACGGUAGAGAACCGGUUGCUGAUCGUAGGGACACUGGAGCUUUCAGCAGUACCAGCAUAUCGGAUGAUAAAUCGUCCGGUGAGUUCCGAAGGAUGAGAAAAUCGCUUUCCGAUGAGGGAGAGGUAUUGAGUCAGGGUGAAAUUAGAUAGAAUAAAAUGAGAUAAGCUGAAAAUGUUGUCUUGUACGUUAUUAUUUGAAAGAACGUUCGGUUAUUUGAUGAAAAAGUAUCGAGUGUAUAGCAGUCCUGCCCAGCUAACACCAAGUCGUAAAUGAUGUUGCAUCUUAAUUGUGACUAUUUGUGUAUCUGCUUCCAUUUACCGCGUGUGAAGUGUACGCAUAUCACCUCUACUUUAGCAUCCUAUUCAACAUCAUAUGCGAUCGUCUGUUGAUUAGGUGACUUCCACCCAUCAGACAAUACGUUGUUGUUUGUUUUUAUUGAAAAAUAUAGUUGAUUUCCGGCAAUAGGGGUACAUCCCAAAAUGUGUCAUUUUUGAGAUUUUAAUGGCAAAUGAUGAAAAACAUGUAAACUUUCAUCUCACAAAGAUCCGUUCCGAAAUUCGUUGAGAAACACGAGAUUUUGGCAUUUUCUCCAAUUUUCCGCAAUAAAGGCACAACUCAAAAUCAGUCAACUUUUUCAAUAGUCGUUGAAAAAUAGUAUUCGAAAAUUCCUGAAACAGAUAGUCAAUUAGUCCCUCCUCAUAAUACAAAAUUCGUUUACUUUUGUCAAAUGGUGAGAGAAAUAAGUGAACUUGCAGGAGGUGCUUCAAGGUUACCAAUUUUUAAACGCUCAUUCUGAAAAUUCACAUUGAGUUGUGCCCCUAUUGCAGCAAGCCGACGAUAUGUUGUAUUUGGUGGCGGCUGUCGUACGGUAUGAACGCUCGUUUAAUUCGACCACCAACCCUCAAAAUGCCGUCCUCGGGGUCUACGAACCAGUGUCUUAAUUUGACAAAUUACAAUCAUCCGCACCGACGCCCAGUGGCUUUUGCGUCGUAGAUUUGUUUUGAUUAUCGUCUGGACAACACAAGUGCCACUCUCUAACACCGCUAGCCAUGAUGGUCUC